AUGGCUGCCCCUAUGGAUCAGAGAAUACAGGUUCCGAUCGAUGACCCCAACGCAGACACCGAGUGGAACGACAUCCUCCGGAAACAUGGCGUCAUUCCCGAGAAGCCGCCCAGCCCGACGCCCAUGAUCGAAGAGGCUAUUGUCGAGGGACGCCGGUUAGCGCAUGAGAACAGACUGGAGGGCAAGGAUCUCGAUGAGCUCGAUGAGCUGGAGGACGACGAGGACGAGGCGUUCCUGGAGCUGUACCGCCAGCGCAGGAUGCAGGAGCUCAACAACCUCACCAAAAAAGCCCUCCACGGCACUGUGUACCCGAUUUCGAAACCCGAAUAUUCACGGGAGGUUACAGAAGCCUCCAACAACAGCCCCGUCUUUGUCAACCUGACAUCGUCGCUGGGAACAAACGUCGAGUCGCGGGUGUUGACGGAGCUUUGGAAGCAGGCGGCGCAGGAAUACGGCGAGAUCAAGUUCUGCGAGAUGCGCGCAGACAAGGCCAUCGAGAACUACCCCGAGCGUAACUGUCCCACAAUCCUGGUCUAUAAGAACGGCGACAUUGCGAAGCAGGUCGUCACCCUGAUGCAGAUGGGAGGCGUCAGAAUCAACAUGCUGCAAAUUGACAACCUCCUGGUCGAGGUUGGCGCUGUUCCGGCGUCGGACAUGCGCGUGGCUAAGCGUCGGCGACAAGCCGAAGAUGAAGAAGAGGAGAAGGCAUUUGGGAAGGGAAUCAGGCAGGGUAAUGUGUCCAGGUCCAAGGCGCACGACAGCGAUGAUGAUGAGUGGGACUGA